AUGUCGGGAAUAUACGAAUCCAAGAGUGUCCAUGAGACCUCUAUGGAGAAGGGAGUCACCUACCACGAAGAACAAGACUAUUCCCAGAACCUCCAGGCGAAAAUUCGCAACCCCCUCAAGGGAAUUCCCCGAGAACAGCUUAUGAGCGAUGUCGAAGCCUUUGCUCAGCGCAAUGGCCUUCAGGAGCACACUCUUCUUCUCAAGAAGGGCGCGCUUAUUGCCCAGAACCCUGCUGAACCACAUGCCAUUGAUGGCGAGGAGAAGCUCACUGCACACGAAUUGAAUAUUCUGGAGCGCGAGGUCACUCACAAGUGGCACAUGCCCGCAAGACUCUUCCUCACCAUCGCAACAUGCUCCAUCGGUGCCGCUGUCCAGGGUUGGGAUCAGACCGGUAGCAACGGAGCUACCAUUUUCUGGCCCGAUGUCUAUGGCAUCGGUGACCAGAGCAUUACUCGCAACGCUAUUCUCGUCGGUCUCAUCAAUGCUGCUCCUUACAUUGGUAGCGCUUUCAUUGGCUGCUGGAUCUCUGAUCCUAUCAACAACCACUUCGGUCGACGUGGUGUCAUCUUCUUCGCUUCUCACUUCUGUAUCUGGCCCGUCAUCGGUUCUGCUUUCUGCCACAGCUGGGGACAACAGCUUGCCUGUCGAUUGCUCAUGGGAAUUGGCAUGGGUGCCAAGGCUUCAACGGUCCCUAUCUACGCUGCUGAGAACGCCCCGGCUUCCAUUCGAGGUGCUUUGGUCAUGUCAUGGCAAAUGUGGACUGCCUUUGGUAUUUUGCUCGGAAGUGCCUUUAACCUGGCCGUCUACCACGUAAAGGAUAUCAACUGGCGUCUGAUGCUUGGCGCGCCUUUCCUUCCCGCUGUCCCUCUUCUCUGCCUCAUCUACUUGUGCCCCGAAUCUCCCCGUUGGUACAUGAAGAAGGGUCGUUACGCUGAGGCCUGGAAGUCCCUUGUCGUUCUCCGCAACGACCCCAUCCAGGUGGCCCGAGACAUCUACUACAUCUCCGCCCAGCUGGACAUUGAGAAUGAGCUCGUUGGCAAGACCAACUACGUCACUCGAUUCACUCAGCUCUUCACCGUCCCCCGAAUUCGCCGUGCCAACCUGGCUGCCUUCACUGUCAUGCUUGCUCAGCAACUGUGCGGUAUCAACAUCAUUGCCUUCUACUCCACCACAGUCUUCGUCAAUGCUGGCUUCACCCAGUUCCGAGCCCUGAUCGGUUCAUUUGGCUUCGGUCUUGUCAACUGGGUCUUUGCUUUCCCCGCUUUCUGGACCAUUGAUACUUUUGGUCGUCGAAGCCUGCUGCUCUUCACCUUCCCCCAGAUGUUCUGGACUCUCUUGGCUGCUGGUCUCUGCACUUUGAUCUCUUCAGACCACAACGAGCUCAAAACUGGCCUCGUCAGUCUUUUCGUCUUCCUUUUCGGAGCCUUCUACUCUCCUGGUGAAGGCCCCGUUCCUUUCACCUACAGCGCUGAGGUUUAUCCCCUGUCUCACCGUGAGACUGGUAUGGGCUUCGCCGUCGCUACUUGCUUGUUCUGGGCUGCUGUGCUCAGUACCUCAUUCCCCUUCCUGCUCGAGAAACUCCAGACCGUUGGUGCAUUCGGCCUCUACGCUGGCUUCAACGUUGUCGCCUUCAUCAUGAUCUUCCUCUGGGUACCCGAGACUAUGCAGCGCACUCUCGAGGAGCUCGACUAUGUCUUUGCUGUGCCUGUUCGCACUUUCAUGAAGUACCAGCUCACCGUCGCCCUGCCCUGGUGGUUCAAGAAGUACGUCUUCUUCCAGUGGAGUGCUACCAAGCGACCGCUGUACGAGUUCGACAAUGUCGCUUCUGACCUGCGCCGGGCGUCUAUCCACCACGCCCCCACGGCUUCGUCGGAUGAUGAGAGCAAGCGGGCUAUGUAA